UUUCCGGAUAUUGCUGACCUGGAAAAUAAGGGGCACCCUUUCAAUGUAUAUGCAAUUUGCAAACAUCCAUACAAAUGAAUGAAUGUCAAUACGCUUAGUUUAUAUAGAUGCAAAAGUAUACAUAUAGAAUAACAGUUAACUAAAAAUGCCUGACAGAUUUCAAGUAACAAAAACUGAUGAAGACACUGUGUUGGAUUAUCUGCAAGAUGAGUCUGCAAGUGGAAAACUUUUGGGAGAUACUCUAGAGGAAGUACAAGACAUACGUGAUGUUCACAAUGCAGAAGAAAAUCAGAAAUCCACUAUCGACCCCAAUUUGUAUUUGUACGAUGAUGAUUUGGAGACGAGACCUCAUAUUUCAACAUUUAUUUCUUCGAUUGCCAAUUAUGAAAAUACGAUACCAGCGGCAACUGAUCCUGACGCAAAGCCGCCAUCGGCUCGAAUGGGAACACUAAUUGGAGUAUUUUUGCCUUGCAUUCAGAACAUUUUUGGUGUAAUAUUAUUUAUUCGAUUAACAUGGGUCGUGGGUACCGCUGGAGCUGUUUGUGGAUUCUUGAUUGUGCUGACAUGCUGUUGUGUGACAAUGCUAACUGCGAUAUCUAUGUCAGCCAUUGCUACAAAUGGUGUUGUGCCGGCAGGAGGAAGCUAUUUCAUGAUAUCACGAUCUCUAGGUCCGGAAUUUGGUGGGGCAGUUGGAAUGUUGUUUUACACGGGAACUACUUUGGCAGCUGCAAUGUAUAUAGUCGGCGCGGUUGAGAUUGUGUUGACAUAUAUGGCUCCGUGGCUGUCAAUAUUUGGGGAUUUCACCAAAGACGUAGACGCUAUGUACAAUAACUUUAGGGUUUAUGGUACAAUGUUACUCUGUGUGAUGGGUCUCAUCGUCUUUCUGGGUGUUAAGUUUGUCAACAAAUUUGCGACUGUCGCAUUAGCUUGUGUAAUAUUCUCCAUUAUUGCUGUGUAUGUUGGAAUUUUCGACAAUAUUAAUGGAAAUGACAAGCUAUACAUGUGCGUACUUGGAAAGAGACUCUUGAAGGACAUUCCCAUUGCAAACUGUACAAAGGAAGACCCAAUGGUGCUUGAUCUAUAUUGUCCAAAUCAUAAAUGCGACGACUACUUUCAAAAUAAUAAUCUGACACACGUAAAGGGUAUUAAAGGCCUGGCAAGUGGCGUCUUUUACGAUAAUAUAAUGCCAUCAUUUUUGGAAAAGGGACAGUUUAUUUCAUACGGACGGAAUUCGGUGGAUAUUGAGAAUGUUGGAGGGGAAUCAUACAAUCAAAUAAUGGCGGAUAUAACAACCUCCUUUACACUACUCAUAGGUAUCUUCUUCCCAUCGGUAACAGGCAUUAUGGCUGGAUCUAAUCGUUCAGGAGAUUUAGCAGAUGCUCAAAAGAGCAUACCAAUUGGCACAAUCUGCGCUAUUUUAACAACCAGCACCGUUUACUUAACAAGUGUGCUUUUCUUCGCGGGCACAGUUGAUAAUCUACUUUUGAGAGAUAAAUUUGGACAGUCAAUUGGUGGCAAGCUAGUUGUGGCUAACAUUGCUUGGCCCAAUCAGUGGGUCAUAUUGGUGGGCUCUUUUCUAUCAACUCUAGGAGCUGGCUUGCAAAGUUUAACGGGUGCACCUCGCCUGCUACAGGCAAUAGCAAAAGAUGAAAUUAUACCAUUCUUGGCACCAUUCGCAAAGUCGUCGAGUCGUGGCGAACCAGUUAGGGCGCUGUUUUUAACAAUUCUUAUAUGUCAAUGUGGAAUCUUAUUGGGUAACGUUGACCUGCUUGCUCCAUUGCUAUCAAUGUUUUUCCUGAUGUGUUACGGCUUUGUUAAUUUGGCGUGUGCCGUGCAAACCUUGCUGAGAACGCCCAACUGGAGGCCACGCUUCAAGUUCUAUCAUUGGAGCUUAUCCUUGAUUGGACUCACAUUAUGUAUAUCAGUUAUGAUUAUGACAUCUUGGUACUUUGCGCUGAUUGCCAUGGGUAUGGCUGUUAUUAUUUAUAAAUACAUUGAAUAUCGAGGGGCCGAGAAGGAAUGGGGUGAUGGUAUCCGUGGUAUGGCUUUGACUGCAGCAAGAUAUUCACUUCAACGUCUUGAAGAAGGCCCACCGCACACUAAAAAUUGGCGUCCGCAAAUUUUGGUCCUUUCCAAAUUGAACGACAACCUAAUUCCGAAAUACAGAAAGAUAUUCUCCUUUGCCACUCAGCUGAAAGCUGGCAAGGGUCUCACCAUUUGUGUGUCUGUGAUAAAAGGUGAUCAUACGAAAAUCGCCAAUAAGGCGGUUGAUGCAAAAAUCACUUUACGGAAAUAUAUGACAGAUGAGAAGGUUAAAGGAUUUUGUGAUGUUUUGGUGGCCCAGGAAAUUGGCGAGGGUCUAAGCUCAGUUAUACAAACCAUCGGCUUGGGCGGAAUGAAACCAAAUACCGUUAUAAUUGGUUGGCCCUACAGUUGGAGACAGGAAGGCCGUAAUAGCUGGAAGACAUUUAUUCAAACAGUACGUACGGUUACAGCUUGCCACAUGGCGUUAAUAGUUCCAAAAGGAAUAAAUUUCUAUCCAGAAUCGAACCACAAGAUUGGUGGAAACAUAGAUAUUUGGUGGAUUGUUCACGAUGGCGGAUUGCUAAUGCUACUGCCAUUUUUGCUAAAACAACAUAGAACUUGGCGUAAUUGUAAAUUGCGUAUUUUCACUGUUGCUCAAAUCGAAGACAAUUCAAUUCAAAUGAAGAAAGAUUUAAAGACAUUCCUUUACCAUUUGCGCAUUGAAGCAGAUGUUGAAGUUGUUGAAAUGAAUAACAGCGACAUUUCUGCCUAUACAUAUGAGAGAACUCUGAUGAUGGAACAACGCAAUCAAAUGCUACGAGCAUUAGGUUUAAAUAAAAAGGAAAAUUUCAAAGUGGGCCAAACUAUAGUGGACUUUAAGGAAGCUUCCAGUGAUAAUAAGUUAUCUUUGGUUCAAACAAUUGUAGAUCAUCAUUACGAUGCCAUAAAAACCGCGUCGAAAGUUCGAUUUGCAGAUCCAACCAUCGAAGAAACAGAAAAUCACGACUCACACAAUGAGGAAAAGCGUAAUUCGAUUGAUUCGGACGGUGCAGAAAGCAUUGAAGCGCCUGAGAUCACAUCUAACAAGGACGAGUCAACUGAAAAAGCUGACGGAAACUUAAAAACCAAUGUUAAACCGGAUGAAUUUAAUGUUCGUCGCAUGCACACGGCAAUAAAAUUAAAUGAAGUUAUAGUAGAGAAGUCACAAGAUGCCCAAUUGGUAAUAAUGAAUUUACCAGGUCCUCCUAAAGAAGUGAGAGCAGAGCGUGAAAGCAAUUAUAUGGAAUUCCUGGAAGUUUUAACAGAGGGCCUUGAAAAAGUAUUAAUGGUUCGUGGAGGAGGUCGUGAAGUUAUAACAAUUUACUCUUAAGAGCAUUAAUCGCUCGUUUUAAGAGUUCGCAACAUUAGACAAGUUUAAGAAUCAAUCAAAUUUUUAAAUGAAGACUAUUAUUAAUUUGUUAUA